AUGCAGUACCUCUCCCGGGGGCCCGGGACGGCUUGGAUGACAUCCUCUUUGACCUUCACCCCUUGUCGCAACCUUGACUUUGAUGACGAUGAGGUCAAAUCAUUGAUGAUCCCGGAAGUGAAGAAGAACCUCUGUCAGCUGUUCGAUGAUGAGGAUUCUGGACUAGGGAUGGAUGAUGAUGUGUUCGGGAGUCCAACAGACUACAAAUUAUCUACAAGAUUGGAUUUCAGCAGCGUGUUUGAUUCCCCCGUACAGGAAAAAGUAGCCAAUGAAAAAUUAGCCAAUGGACGUGAUACAAGCUUCAGACGAUCUCUCCUCUCAGGCAAGCGUCCACGUGAUGACGAUGAAGAUUCCUGUUCACCCCCACCGAAGUCACAGAGGAGGGGCGAUGGUGUGUCCAGGAGGGCACUGUCUUUUGGGGACAACUUGAUGUUGGAGUCACGUGACGUUAAGACAGCCGUGAACCGAUUGGUGGAGGAGGAGGAUUUGGUGGGGGACGGGACUGACACGUUUUGUCUGCCGACCAUCAGGGGCAAACACCAGGACCUCAAGUCUAUCUCUACACACACGAUGGCAGAUAUCCUGACCGGAAGAUACGAUGACGUCAUCAAUGACUACAGAAUCAUCGACUGUCGAUACCCGUACGAGUUCGAGGGAGGUCAUAUACAGAAUGCGGAGAACAGGUAUACACGUGACCAGGUCCAGCAGCUGCUUCAGGAACGACGGAUUGACGUCACUGGGAAGAGAAACAUCCUCAUCUUUCACUGUGAAUUCUCCUCGGAGAGGGGGCCCAAAAUGAUGCGAUUCUUGAGAACCCAUGACCGUGCCCAGAACGAGGCUAACUACCCGGCCUUGACCUUCCCCGAGGUGUACCUCCUUGACGGCGGGUUCAAGGCUUUCUAUCACAAUGACAGGACUCUGUGUCAGCCUAUGGAAUACAUGCCCAUGCUACAUCCUGGUCACUGUGAGGACUUGCGUCACUUCCGGUCGAAAUCCAAAUCCUGGUCUGCCGGAGACAAGAAGAAAACUGUAUGCGGACGGCACGUUUGAAGUUUCGUUAUACUCAUAUUAGAAACCGACAAUGGUAGAUAUGGUAAAGAUCAGCUGGAAACGUCCUGCUUUAUUGACACGAACUUAUCGGGUCACAUAGAAGCAGUAGACAAACACUGCAAGAUAUAUUAGUUGGAUGAUUAUGUGACAGGGCAAGGUCACUAACAGACCUGACGUUGUUACUGGACUGUUUUGAAGAGCUGUUUUUAAUCUCAAGUUCUAUACUGUUAUAUUUGUGGUAUGUUACAGUGUAUCGUGAUUACCAGUUCACAGAACCGACAUUACUUGUUUUACUGUAGAGUGCUAUACUGU